ACCACGAUAGGCAGGGCGUCAUGAAGCUCACCGACUAGUCGGGAAGGUACAGCUGGUAGGCGGUCACAGAAAACGAGUUUAACAGCACCAUGGCUUCCAACGACAAGACCCCUCGCUACCAAGACGGCGCCGCCUACUUCGACAUGGGUGAGCACACCCUCCGCGUGCCCAUGAGCCUCCAUGCCGAGAACCGCGAGCGCCUGUGCAAGCGCCUGAAGAACCGCAGUGUGCCUUCGGGAAGCGUCGUCCUCCUCCAGGGCGGAGAGGACACCACCCGCUACUCCUCGGACAUGGAAAACGUCUUCCGCCAGGAGUCGUACUUCCACUGGGCCUUCGGCGUGUUGGAGCCAGGCUGGUACGGUGCCGUAGACGUGGACUCGGGCCGCACGGUGCUGUUCUGCCCUCGCCUGCCGCAGGAGUACGCCGUGUGGAUGGGCCGCAUCGUCCAGCCCGAGGAGUACCGCGCUCGCUACCAGGUCGACGAGGUCUGCUUCGUGGAUCAGAUCCCGGAGAUCCUGCGCGGGAUGGCCACCGGCAGCCUCCUCACCCUG